CGCGCCUUGCCCCUGAGUGCGCCUGCGUCGGGCGUGGAGCCCAGGUGGUUUAGACGCUGCGCGAGCCCUCGGUCCCGCUCCGCGCUCUUUGCGUUUUCUGGCGGGAAGAGCGCACGCUAAUCUCCUCACGACGCAACUGCCGUUUUUCCUUCGUGGCCCUCAGCUGUGUCCAGAGCCUGGGACGUGACCGCAGACCCCUUUUUCUAGAACCUUCUAAAAGCUGCCAGGAAGAGUAUAUUCCACAACUGGAGCCACGGAGAGCAGGGUGUGGGGAGUCCUUGGUGAGUGAAGGGGCUGAGUGGGUGGGGUGAGGACAGACAGGCCCCAGGCAACCCUAUGUUGAACAUUUGCCCCAGUGUGCCCCGUUCAGCCUGAAGAUCACUGUUGUCUGUUGUCAUUUUUAAGAGUGCCCUUUUCAGUCUGGAAAGUGUCCUGGAGUUGAGCCCAAAAGUCGUGUGGUCAAGCUGAUUGUAACAGAGGCAGGACAGGGCAUUGUCAGGGCACAGAGGAGGGAGUCCCUAACUGCUCUGGUGACGGGGGACGAGGGGGCCUGCGGUGUGACCUGGGCUGGGGAGGACCAUGGGCAGAUGCUGAGUCCCCAUAAGCCGUGAUGAGAGUGAGGGACCUGGAGGUCAGCAGGGUGGAGCGAAAAGUGACAAAAAAGAAGCCAGAAGUUGAAAGGACCACUCUGUGCCACGCCAGCCUGAGGGGCUGAGACUUAGUCCUGAGGACACUAGGUAGCCAUGGGAGGGCUGGGAGCAGGAGAGAGAUAGAGGAGGCUCGCCAGGGAGGCUAACAGCUCCAAAUACAGAUGGACGCAGCGAGAAUGUCAGUAGCUAAGGGCGGUUUGGGACCCCAGAAACAGCAUCUCGUUCAGAAAUGUUUUCCAGAGGAGGGGAUAUGUGAGCUAAGACACGAAGGGCUGGGGAGGAAGGUGUCCCGGCCAGAGACCGGGAGGUGGAAACAGCCAGCCCAGUUUGGGGAACAGCAUGUAGUUUAGAGUGGCUGAAGCAGCAAGUGGGAUUUGGAGUUGGGGAGGCAGGUGGACCCAGGCCGUGCAGAGCCUUAGAUAUGAAGUCCAAGGUCAAGGCUUUUUGCCCAGAGUGCUGGGGAGCCAUGGAACAACACUGAGCAAGGGGGGCAGGUCAGCUCUGAGGCCCUGUGAGGACAGACUGGGGCCAGGAGGCUGAAGAGGAGGCUGGGGCGAGGGCCCAGGGGGAGAGGCUGAAGCCUGAUCUAGGCCUUAGGGAAGGAGAGGAGGGGACAGCGUAGGAGGGACAGGGCUGGGGAACUUCAUAAACAGGAGGAGGGAUGGCAGGAGGCAGUGACCCCCACCCACCAGCCCUACUUUGAUCUCUUCUGCCUACUCCUUGGGCCCCCAUUUUCCCAGCCCCCACCUCCAAUCCAUAAAACAGGUCUGAGCGGGAGCUGCUCUGGUCCAGGCAGGGGUGGGCAAACAGGUUCUGAGAACCCAGAGUGGCCUGGGGCACAGGUGGGGCAGCGCAGUGGCUGGUCUGCAGAGGCCAUUUCCCUGUCUGUCCUUCCAGGAACCAGUCCUUUUUCAGUCUCUCCCAGUGAUGGAGAGAGGCUGUUAGUUUCGUCAGCAGCUGCAGAGCAGCAGGGGUGGCCCAUGGACCUGCCAGAGGCCCAGGCGGGUGGUCCGGCUACAAAAAUGUACCUCUGGGACAAGCCGGAAGAGGGGAGCCUGGGGACUCUGCUCAGCUUAGAGGAGCAAAUACUCAACUCCACAUUUGAAGCUUGUGAUCCCCAAAGGACAGGCACCGUGGCUGUGACCCAUGUACUAGCCUAUCUGGAGGCUGUAACGGGACGGGGCCCCCAGGAUGCGCGCCUGCAAACACUGGCCUGCAGCCUGGACCCCAAUGGGGAAGGCCCUCAGGCCACCGUGGACUUGGAUACCUUCCUGGUCAUCAUGCGAGACUGGAUUGCUGCCUGUCAGCUGGAUGGGGGAUUAGAGCUGGAAGAGGAGACCGCCUUCGAGGGAGCCCUGACCUCCCAGCAACUGCCAUCUGGAUACCCAGAAGCUGAGGACCCAGCCAACCUGGAGAGCUUCGGAGGCGAAGACCCCAGACCUGAGUUGCCCACCACAGCUGACCUGCUGAGCAGUCUGGAGGACUUGGAGCUCAGCAACCGCCGCCUGGUGGGGGAGAACGCCAAAUUGCAGCGCAGUGUGGAGACGGCGGAGGAGGGGUCUGCACGCCUCCGGGAGGAGAUUUUGGCCCUGCGCAAGCAGCUCCGCAGCACCCAGCAGGCUCUGCAGUUUGCCAAGGCCGUGGAUGAGGAGUUGGAGGAUCUGAAGACUCUGGCCAAGAGCCUGGAGGAACAGAAUCGCAACCUUCUGGCCCAGGCCCGGCAGACGGAAAAGGAGCAGCAGCAUCUGGUGGCUGAGAUGGAGACUCUGCACGAGGAGAACGGGAAGCUGCUGGCAGAGCGGGAUGGAGUGAAGAAGAGGAGUGAGGAGCUGGCCAUAGAGAAGGAUGCCUUGAAGCGGCAGCUCUACGAGUGUGAACGCCUCAUUUGCCAACGAGACACCAUCCUCUCCGAGCGCACUCGGCACAUGGAGAGUCUGGCCAAGACCCUGGAGGAGUACAAAACCGCAACCCAGGAACUGAAGCUGGAAAUCUCACACCUGGAGGAGCAGCUGAGUCAGACCCACGAGGGGCUGGUUGAGCUGCCUGAAGUGGCUCAGGUGGGAAGAGUGGACUGGACCGGGCUGCUGCCACCAUCGCUGGGUGUGGAGAUCCAGGCCAUUUGGCAGAAACAAGAAGUGGCAACUACAGAUCUCUCCAACCCUCUGUGUGGCGUGUGGCAGUGGGAGGAGGUCGUCCAUGAGACCGAUGAGGAGGCUGAGUUUCCACCUGAAGCCCCAACUGGGAGGCAGAGAAACUUGCAGGGAGAGCCAGCACACCCUCCUGAAGGAAGGAAAGAGCGAUCAAUGUGGUUGCCCAGAAGAGAUGAAGAGGAGGAGGUGGAGAUCCGGGUCAGGAUGGAUCUCCCCAUCCCUCUGGGAGACUCACAACCUGGAGACAUUCCAGGAAGCCCUCCUGCGAGCCACCCUUCAGAGCCAGAUCUGCAGCAAGCCCUGGUGCCAGUGGUGAAGGAGCUGGUCCCAGACAGGAGGCUGGUCUGGAGCCAGCUCUGCCUGCAGCCCCUGCACCCCCAGCAGCUCAGGUUCACCCCAGGGUAUCUCCAGAAGGAGGGUGGUGGUCAGACAUCAGGACGUUGCCCAGUGCUGGGACACCAUGGGCUCUCCUGGGCUCCCCCAAGCACUGUUCUGCCUCCCAGAAGGGUCUCCAGGCACCCACUGAUCCCUGUGCCAGUCCUGGGGCUGCUGCUGCUGCUGCUGCUGCUCUCCAUCCUGCUGCUGGGCCAGUCCCCACCCCCUACCUGGCCCCACCUCCAGCUCUGCUACCUCCAGCCCCCUCCAGUGUGAGCCAUGCUCCCCAUUACCUCAGAGCAGCAUCUAGUUCAAUGAAUUCCUUGGGGGUUUUUUUUCUUUACUGUUAUUCCCAUGGUUGUGGCACUGUGACUUGGGAUUACCCCACCAUGGGGGCCCCAGAUCAUGCUCCAGCAUCCACACCCCUGUAUUGGGUUUUCAUGAGAAGUCUCUUGGUUUUUUGAUGUUGACAACUACAUUUCUUAACAAUAGCAAAACUCACGCAAUAAUGGAUUAAGCACCAGGGUUUAUAUUUGCCUCACAAAACAAGUCUGGAGGAGGACAGUUGUGCUAUAAUUCUGUUGCCCCUUCCCUCGUGCUCAGGAGUUGACAGGUAUUGUAGCUUCAUAUGUCAUAUCUUCAGGGAGAAGGUGACACGUCCCCUCCUUAGUAUAAAGACAAGCACUAGCCUUCUCAGAGCCAGCAGCAGACCUGUGUUUGUGUCUUGUUGGCCAGAACUGUUUGACACAAUCACCACUACCUGCAAGGGCAGCUGAGAGGCUGAGCAUCUCUCCCAGCAGAAAGAGGGAAAGAGAUGAGGGCCAAACACACACCACAGAUGUCACUUCAGUGCCAACAGCCAGCAGGAAAGGGACUAGUGGUGUGCCAUUUGUUCACCCAGCAAAUUUAGUGAUCAUCUAUUUGCCACAGCUAGACCUUAGAAGAUAAAUCUGCAGAAAAAUAGACCCUCCAAUGCCAAGCCAAGGAGCACUGAUUUUUCUCCCAAGGAUGGUGGAAAUUUGGGGAGGUUUUAUUACUUGUUUUUGGUUAUUUACUUUGUUAUUGAGGUGUAACUUACAUACAGUGAUAAAUGGACAAUCUUAAGUA